AUGCUAGGAAUGAACAAGUUUAUUUCAAUGAAGAAAUUAGCCAAGAAGGCUAAGGCAAUAACAAGUCCUACUCAUGAAUACUUUCUUAUUAAGGACAACAAAAACAAUGAAGAAUGGUCACUAGCUAACCCUAAUUCAUCAAUACCAAUAGGGAAUUUGGCCAUCUAUGUGGGGGAAGAACGAGAACGAUUCAUCGUUCCAACGAGCUAUCUUUCUCAUCCAUUGUUCAAGAUUUUGUUGGAGAAAACUUACAAUGAGUUUGGGUUUGAUCAAACAAAUGGAUUGGUGGUGCCAUGCAGUGUUAAUGCAUUUCAAGAAGUGGUUAAUGCUGUGGAAUGUUGCAAUGGGAAGUUUGAUUUUGGUGAGUUGGUGGAGGAGUUUUUGUAG